AUGGAUCCGAUUUUGGAUGGCUUGAAUCAUGCUCAGCGAGAAGCUGUCACUUCAUCUGGCUCAAUCCUACAAGUACUCGCACCACCGGGCUCGGGCAAGACAAAAACAUUGACCGCACGCGUCGCAUACCUCCUCUCACACCACCGAUACCAACCACAAGAUGUUAUCUGCUGCACAUUCACUAUCAAAGCCAGCCGUGAGAUGCGGGAGCGGCUCGCAAAACUCAUCGGAGAAAAACUCGAAUCGCGCUUGAUUCUCGGCACUUUCCACUCCAUCUGUCGUCGCUACUUGGUCAAGUACGGAUACUUGAUCGGCCUGCGGAAGGGGUUUGGCAUUGCCGAUUCGGAUGAUACCCGCGCAAUUAUCAGAAGAACUAUUAAACGUCUGAAGUCUAGCAUUGAAGUCAAGGCGGCACAAGGCCGAAUCUCUCGACAUAAAGCACAUGGUCUCAGUCCUGAUGCCCUGGCCGAUAGAGCCAAAGCGGAGGAGUUGGAGCUUGUUGAUAUCUAUCGUGACUACGAAUCAGCACUGGCGGCCUCCAAUCUCUUGGAUUAUGAUGACCUCCUUCUGCGAUGUGGAGAUCUGCUCCGAGAUCACCCAGAAUGUGUCUCAAAUGUGCAGGCUGUUUUGGUGGAUGAGUUCCAGGAUACCAACAUCAUACAAUAUGAACUAAUGAACCUCUUCGCAUCUAAGAACCGACGGAUCACCAUCGUCGGGGAUCCCGAUCAAAGUAUCUACGGGUUUCGUUCUGCGGAGAUCCAGAAUCUCAAGCGGAUGCAGCGGCGAUAUUCAAACACGACGGUUGUGCUCUUGGAAGACAAUUACCGCUCUGCUGCUUCUAUCUUGAAUGCAGCCCAAGAAGUGAUUGAGCAGGAUACGAGUCGGCCUGCCAAGGCACUCCAAGCGACGCACUCCUUCGGAACUUUGCCCGUGCUGAGAAAGCUCCCAAAUCCCAACGCAGAGGCGCAGUGGAUGGUACUUGAAAUCAAGCGCUGUGCAGCAAUGACCGGCGGUCUAUUACGGAUGUCUGAUUUCGCUGUCCUGCUUCGGUCAGCUUCGCUGUCUACACAGAUUGAAACGGCCUUUGGAAGGGCCGGUAUACCAUACAAGAUGGUCGGAGGCCGAAAGUUUUUCGAUAGAACCGAAGUAAAGAUAAUUCUCAACUAUAUGAGGGUUGUUAGCCACACCGGGCAUUCGGACGCGUUGAUGAAUAUCUUGAAUGUUCCGCCACGAAGGAUUGGCGACGAGACAGUCAAGCAAUUGACUAGUGGUGCGGAGAAGGCCAACAUUCCACUGUGGAACUUCACCAAGGAUGUCAUCCAAGGGCGCCGCUCGACUGAGAAGAAGCUGCAAAAGGCUGCAGAGCAGGGACUUUGCACUUUGGUCAAGUUGAUAGAAGCCUCUAGACAGAAGUUGCAAGAGUGUGAGGAUGCAUCUGCUCCACGUAUUCUGAUUGAGUUCAUUGCCGAACGUCUCUCGUUCCAGGAGUAUCUCAUCAGGACAUAUCCUCUUGACGAAGACAGUCGCUGGGCGAAUGUCAGGGAAUUGAUGCACCAAGCCAGUGAAGUUGCAGCAUUUGAAGAAGAGGAGGUUGAUAAAGAAAUGGAUCUCCCUGAAAUCGAAGGUGUGCAGCAAGAGCAGGCACAUUCUGGCGAAGAGGCUCUUACUCGGUUCCUGGCAAAUGUCGCCUUGGCUACGGAGAUCACAACCAAAGAAGAAACCAAGGAGGGAGACCAGCCAGCGGAGAAAGUCACUAUUUCAACUAUCCACGCUGCCAAGGGCCUGGAGUGGCCAGUCGUGUUUGUUCCCGCAGUAUACAACGGGAGCAUUCCUCACUCGCGUGCGGAGGUAGUAGAAGAAGAGAGACGAUUGCUGUAUGUCGCAAUGACAAGAGCACAGGCCCUGUUAUACCUGAGUAUUCCUCUUCGACAACCCCGGUUAGGAGAAGGAGAAGACGGUGCGACCACUUUGACACCAUUCCUUCCUCCCAAGUUGACUAAAACGCGCUUUCGGCAAACCGGACCGUCUCUUCAUGAGAAGGUGGUGUAUGCAAUUGCCGAUAUUCUGCGUCGCCCUCGGCCGUCUUUAGAUGACAUCUACAAGGGGCUCGAGUUUCUUCCAUCAACGCUGGAUGACCGAUGGACGCCCGAGGGCGAGGAAGACAGCAGCAAAUUCGAUAGCACAACUACCUCUCACGAUGCCUCUGGGGAGCCCAAUCCAAAGCGACGGCGGUCAGACAUGAACCAGGGGCCGAAAUCGACCACCUAUAUCUCAUCGACUGGGUAUACCAUGAAUAACUCGACGGGGUUUACAAUUCCUACAACCGUUUCAUCGGGUUUUACGUCUGCCCGGGAUUACAUAGCGGCCAACCCCGAGCCUCCCGCAGAGUCAGCCUCAAAGCCUCCGGCAGCUGCAGACGCAGAUGCAGCUGGGCCAAACAAACCGAAACCUCUUAGCAGUGCAGGCCGUAAAGACGGACUAACACAAGCAAGCAUAUCCAACUUUUUUGCAGGCCCAGGAUCCUCCCAGAAGAGGGAACCAGUUCUGCCUAGCCAGCCACAGCCUCCAUCAUCCCGCAGAUACGAAGGGGUACCGUCGCAGAACCAAUGCUCAGGGGCAAGAAGCAUCGUCCCAGCUACUCUCUCCUCUCACCGUGUCCAGCCUCGACCACUUAUUCCAACGCGGCCGACACUGGAGCCUACGAAUCCCAAUGGCUACACGUGGCUCGCAGCUCCAUCAAAACCAACAAGCCUGAAACCUGCCAGCAUGUCGAUGACGCAGGAACAGAGCGGCAACAAUCCUUCAGGCGGAACAGCCGGGCCAGACGAGGUGAAACCCGAGAGCUCCAGCCGCGGGUUCAAGCCGGUGACGACGUUCCACAGCACGACGAUGUCAAUGGUUCAACAAGCACCGCGACGGACGUUGGGAAUUCGGCGGAGCAUGAACGGGUGGCAAGACCGGAUGAAGCGAGAGGGCGGUGGACAGGCGAGCUGA